UUGAUUUUUUUCUCGUCUCCACCCCGUUGCCACCAAGUGACAAGCUGUAGUUGUCCAUGGCAACUACUAUCUAUUGCUAUAGUGAUCACUUGCACUUCUUGCGUCUUUCGCUGAGGUUUUUAUCUUAAAGUUUCCUCAUCUUUGCAAACAUUAGACUAGUGAAACAUCGAGAUGCAGAGGGCAGCGAGUCGACAUUCAGAGACUUCUGAACAGGAGAUGGAUGGCCUCGAAAAUGAAUUGGCCAAGAUGCAAAGACAGUAUCGAAUAAUGGAGGGAGAUCGAAAAGCAUAUUGCGAAGAAUCUCAAAAUAUCAUCAGAAAACAAAGAGCACAAAUUUCAGCUCUACAGGAGGAAAGGGAAGACAUACAGACCAACUUGAUUCUUGCUCAGUCUAUGCAAAAUAAUAAAAAUGAUAAUUCAAAUAUGGAUGAGUUACGUAAUUUAUUGUCUGAGCAAGACGCAUAUGAGAAAAUGAUUCAAGAGGAGAGUAUGAGUAUACGUAACCUUGAUAAAGAAAUUCGAGGAAUGGAAAAAGAAAUAAUUGCACAACACAAGAAUAUGGGUGGUGUGCAUUCUAGUCAUCUUCGACAUGUCAGUGCACAGAAGCAGAGUCGUGUGUUGGAAAAUCGGCUCGAUAAAGCAACAAUCGAAUUUAACAAAAUGCUAACAGCUAAUGCUAAGCUAAGAGAGGAAAUUGAUCACCUCAGGUCACAAAGAGUUGUUUUCGAUAAUUUGAACAAGAAACUGAGUAAAGAGCUGAAUGAACAGAAGAAGAUCAUGGCAGAAAUAAUUGAACAAUCCACACAAGCAUAUGAUCAGAGAGAUGAAGCUCAGGUCAAAAUGAUGGCUCUGAAAGAGAGAAAUGAAAAAGAUCUGUCCCAGUACAAUAUGGAAUACAAAGAAUUGAUGAGAAUAAUUGACCAUGAUGCAAAAUUAAAAUUGUUCAUGAAUGUGAAAGCGCAAGAAAGAAGUGAACUUGAGGAAGAAGAAGCAGCUAAAAGAAGAGCAGGAGAGGAAGACAGAGCAGAAAAGACAGCCGAAGAAACAAUGGAAAUAUAUCAAAAAGCAUUUGGUCGUAUUAAAGAAGUCACAGAUGAAGAUGACAUUAAUUUGCUUGUAAUUCGAUUCAUCAAAACAGAAGAUGAAAACUUCGCACUUUUCAAUUAUGUUAACGAGAUGAACAAUGAACUGGAGCAAAUUCAAGAUCAAAUUGAUGCUGUGAAAAAAAAUAUCAAGAAGUUUAAAGAGGAAGGAGUUCAAUUCCAGGAGGAAAGGGAGAACAUUCUUCGUGGUUUGGAUGAAAAGUUUAAACAAACAACGAAAGAGGCUGAUUUGUUUGACAAGCAAUUGAAAGCAAGUGUGAAGAUUCUUGACCAAUUAAAGGCCGGCAUCGAGUCAGUGUUUGGAAAAAUCAAUUGUGAUCGUUCUGCAAUUGCUGAUAUGCUCGGAGAUAAUGAUAGUGUGAAUGAAAAUAAUAUGAUGCAGUAUCUCGGCAUCAUUGAACAGAAAACCAACGAACUUCUGCAAAUUCAUGCAUAUCUCCAAUUGAAAGAGCUCGAAUCGAAACCAGAGAAUGUUGCACCUGUUCCAGGCACCCCGCCAACAGCUACUGUUGCUCUACUUGGCGGUACAGCUGCUCCCGUGGCACUGUCACAAAUUGUAGUUGUACCACCCUCCACAGAGGAAGAUAAGGAUGAAGACGACGAUGAAUCUAUUGAUAUGGGUAGACCACUGACGACCAAAGAGCUCAAAGAGAGGGUAUUGCGCAACAUUCAAAAGAAAGAGUUAAUCAGCCAGGCCACCGCCGAUGUAACCGGUGCACCUCUGACCCAAGGCAAGCUACAAGGUGCCACUGGUUCUCCUGAAAAAAUUGCAAAACAUGAAACACAGAAGAAAAAAUCAAAGUAGUUUAUUUUUGUAGAUUUUAUUUUUUUACUUACAAUUGCACAUCCAUUGUCUAUAAAAAGCCAUAAUAUUUCUAUAGCCAUACAUCACUGAAAGUAUUUUUACACCGAAAGUAUUCUAGUCUAUAUAUAAAUAAAACUGUGCAAAUUUUAUUUUUUAUGUAAAUGACAUUACACAAUAAAGAGCAGAUCCUAA